GAUCGCCAUUUUGCUUCGUCAAGUGCCGAGAUGAUGCCAUGAUGCCGUCGAUCCCGUUUGUUUUCCUUAUAUAGUGAAUAGAUUGAUAGUUGCGGUGCAGUGAUUUGUACAUUUUGUCAGAAUGACGCAGUUUUUGCCACCGAAUUUACUGGCACUAUUUUCGCCGCGCGAACCGAUUCCGUAUUUGCCACCUGCCAGCAAGCUUCCGCAUGAGAAGAAGAAUGGUGGUUACACCGGCGUCGGGACCUUCCUCAAGUAUUUCGAGGAUCCUAAAGAUACCCCUCCACCUCUACGUGUAGAGACUCGAGAAGAACGUUUGGAGCGUAGACGAAGAGAACGUGCAGAGCAAGUUGCAUAUAAACUUGAACAAGAAAUUGCAGUAUGGGAUCCAGCUGGCAUUUCCAAUGUUACAGCAGAUCCUUUCAAGACUCUCUUUGUAGCUCGAAUUAAUUAUGACACCUCAGAAUCCAAACUAAGACGAGAAUUUGAAGUAUAUGGACCGGUAAAAAAGAUUGUAGUAACGCAUAAUACAAUUAAUGGCAAGCCUAGGGGAUAUGCUUUCAUUGAGUAUGAGCAUGAAAGAGAUAUGCACUCGUGGUGGCCGCUGCCGGCAACUAGUGCCGUUCACUAUUCCAUGCAAUCCCUGAACCUGCCUGAUAAGAUAGCUGCAUAUAAGCAUGCGGAUGGUAAGAAAAUAGACGGCCGCAGAGUAUUAGUCGACGUCGAGCGGGCGAGAACGGUGAAGGGUUGGUUGCCUCGGAGACUCGGCGGUGGCUUAGGCGGUACUCGUAGAGGCGGGCCUGAUGUCAACAUCAAACAUUCGGGACGGGAAGAUAAUGAAAGAGAACGGGAGCGGUAUCGUUUAGAACGUGAAAGAGAAACCACGGGACGUGGCCUGGAUAGAGACAGGGAUCGCGAUCGUCUGGAUAGGGAACGUCGUAGAUCGCGCGAUCGUAAACGGAGAACUAGAAGCAGAUCACGUGAACGCAGACGCAGGCGAAGUCGUGAUCGAUUGCCAGAUCCUGAUAUCGAGGAGAUCGAACGUCCACGCGACAGAAGGGAUCGUGAUCGCGAUCGCGAUCGGGAUCGCAAAAGGCGACGAUCGCGAAGCAACGAUCGUGAUCGCGACAGAGAUCGUAAGCGAGACAAGCGGGACAGGGAUCGUGAUCGUCGGGAUAGAAAGGAUCGUGGUGAUCGUCAGGAUGAAGAUACGAAAGAAAUUCGUAUCAAGGAAGAACCGUUAGAUGAUUAUCCAGACUACAGUAACACAUUUACAACAUCAGGCUCAUAUUUCACCGCGGUUAAAUACGAAGACGAUAAUGAUCAGGAAGUGGAAGAGAAAUACCGAAUUCCAGAGGGUCGUCCUGACCCGCCUCCGUAUAACAAUUAUGAUUCCGUACAAAAUUAUUGAUCUCGAACAAUACAUGUUCCAGUGUAUCCCUUUUUUCACCAUAAGCCACUACCGCUUUAUUUUAUCGUUGUAUUGUCUACUGCUAAACCACAAUACUGACAAACUAGCUCUUUUAAGAGCGAAUUGCAAGUUGGACGCUCUUCAAUUAUAUAUAAAAUAUUUGGACAAUUUAUAUAUAUAUAUAUGGAUGUUGCAAAAGAAUUACAUAAGUUAUUUAAAAUUUUCAAUUUUAAACUUCUGAAAUAAUUUAUGCUACUAUGAAAAUAAGAAGAGCGAAGAUAUGAAUUUAUAUUUAGUAAAUUUUAACAUAAAAGGUCGUAAAAGAUUGAAUAUUGCUAUAUGUGUUAUGCGAUAUAAAAACAGCUGAUAAUUUGUACAAAUUCCUUUAUUAUCUUUAAAAAAAGUGAAUAACAUUGAUUAAACUUGCAAGAAAUUCACGAGAAUUAUAUAUAAGUGCAACAAUUUAUGUUCUGAUUUGAAGUAAACCAUCUUUUUUCCCUCUUUCUAUCAUUGAUGAGAUUAUGUUUACAGUGAAAAAAAUCAACAUUAAUAAAAAUGAAUUAAAGAGCAACUAAUGAUUGUAGCAGAUAAUAUGAAACUUUACGAUAUGAAAAAGAGAACUUAUACUUGAACAAGAACUUAUAAUUGAUUGAAUGCUACGCUGUUCAAUAAAACAAUAUAAUUUAAGUAUCGUUCAUCUAUAUGUAACCGCGUGUGCAAAUACAUACAUACACACACACACACACACACACACACACAAAUUGACUUAUGACUACUACAUGUAUAUUUAUAUGUGAAGUAAAAUAAAAUAUAAAAUUAACUUGUUACACAUA